GGCUCGCUCAUUGGCAGCGACGGAACGACGCUCCCGGUAUAUCAGCGGUGGACGCGCGCGACAGGUACGGGCUCAUUAUUUACGAUGUGUCGCGCGCGGGGAUUCCGCGCCGUGGGAUUUAGCGGCCGCGCGUGAAGGGAGGGACCCUUCCCUGGCGAAGUGUCUUUAAAGAUCCACGCUUGUAGCGAAGAACCCCGAAGCAACGACCGACAAAUGAGCGCAGCGGCGGCGGACGUGCUCAGAUCGCCGAGCGGACGAGAGCCGAGCGCCGGACCGCUUCGCGACCCCCGGCCGCUGGACCUGAGUCCCCGACUCAUGGACACUCCCGAGUUUGUGAGGCUCAACAUGGAGCUGACGAACGCCGACGCGCCCGCGGGGGUCGUCCACUACGACGGCAAGGUGGGCGACUUCGCGUACCACCCCUACCACGGCGUGAAGGAGGAGCGGCCGAUGGUCCACGGCUUCCUCGCCCGCGACCUGAGCCCCAUCGACUUCUACAAGCAGUCUCCUCCCUCCACGCCCGAGUCCAUCGACUCGCUGCAGCCAUCGCUGUGGGACGAACAGAGCGGCUCGCACGCCCAGUACAGCCUCACCAACCUCGCCAGCGUGGAGAGGAAGCCGGCACCGCACACGAUGGGCUUCAAGCAGCUGCCCGUGCCGUGCACCAUCCCCUCCCCGCCGAGCAUGAAGAUCUACCUGCCGCCCCAUCCCGGCGACUCGGAAUCGUUUUACAGGCAAGGGAUGCCGGGGUACGGCUUCGUGAGGCCCAUCGCGGCCGAGAGGCGCCCCCACUUCUUGACGAAAUUCUCCAUGCCGCCGGACUCUGACCACGGACCGCCCCAGCCCGCCGGUCCCCUGCAAGACCCGGAGGCAUCGCCCCCGGUCAAGAGGCGACUUCACCCCGGCAUGGACGCCCUGCCGGUGGGACGGGCCGUGCCGGGGUACCCGAUGGCCCUGUCGCACUUGGAGCACACCCUCGGCAGGAUGCGGCCACUCGCCGAAUGUCCCUCCGCCGUCAAAAUGUCAGGCUUCCACCCGAGCCCGGCUUCGCAGCGCCACUACGAACCGGCCCACUAUGCCGGGCCGUUCCACGACGGUGGAGACUUUGGUAUCGAGCGGCAGCAUCUGCAGCAGCAGCAGCAGCAUUUGCCAGAUUCCUGCGCUCCAGACUUUGGCAGAGGAGUCCCCCGGCUCGGCUCCUCUCGGUCGGUCGUGCCGACGAUGAUGCCUCCGGUGGGCGACUCUCCGCCGGCGGCCGAGGGCAUGUGCGCCGUGUGCGGAGACAACGCGGCGUGCCAGCACUACGGCGUGCGCACCUGCGAAGGCUGCAAGGGCUUCUUCAAGAGGACGGUGCAGAAGGACGCCAAGUACGUGUGCCUGGCCAACAGGAACUGUCCCGUGGACAAGCGGCGGCGCAACCGCUGCCAGUACUGCCGCUACCAGAAGUGCCUCACCGUGGGCAUGAUCAAAGAAGUGGUGCGCACGGACAACCUGAAGGGCAGGCGGGGCCGGCUGCCCUCCAAGCCGAAGGGCCCGGCGCCGACGGCAGAGACCGGCGCGUCACGUCAGCCCCCCUACGACAGCUACCUGCAGGAGCUGGUGCAAGCGCACGUCGAGGUCUGGCCGGCCACUUCCCAGCUGGACUUCUCACAGAUGAACCCGAUGAGCGAGCGCUCCAAGGUGCCCCUGGACUCGGAGCACGUCCACCACUUCUACGAGGUGCUCUCGGGCUCCGUGCAGGUUUCGCGAGACUGGGCCGCCCGCCUGCCCAGCUUCCAGGAGCUGCCGGGCUGCGACCGCGAGUUGCUGCUCAGCUCCUCCUACCUGGAGCUCUUCCUGCUCAGGCUCGCCUACAGGUCCAACCCGAAGGAGGAGCGCCUGGUGUUCUGCACGGGCCUGGCGCUGCACCUCAGCCAGUGCGUGCGCGUGUUUGGCGAGUGGCUCUACAGCAUCCUGAGCUUCUCCGACACGCUGCAGGCGCUCGAGCCGGACAUCGCCACCGUGGCCUGCCUGUCCGCGGCCGUUCUCUUCGGCGAGCGACGUGGCCUACGGCAUCCCAAGCGGGUGGAGGAGCUGAGGAACAAGGUGCAGCGCAUCCUGCGCGAGCACCUGGACUCGCUGGGAGCGAGGCCGGCCAAGGUGAGGCAGCUUUUGAGUCAGCCGGGCCUCCUGCACUCGCUGAGCAUGAUGGGCCUGCAGCGCAUCUUCUACCUCAAGAUGGAAGACCUCGUGCAGACGCCCGACUUUGUGGAUAACUUAUUCAAGGAUUCGCUACCUUUCUGAGUGUGCGCGCGUGCCUUAGCGCAUGGGUGUUUGUAUUUUUUCCAGAUUAGAAGUUUUCGUGACUGCAAGGAUUCAUAUUCUUUGGUUCUUUCGGUAAAGUCACGUAGGUGGAAAAAAU